CUGAUUUCCGCCUCCCUCAUGGUGCCCGGGCAGCGGCACCUGCAAGACACCGAGUCCCGGCCCGUCACCGACACACGGCAGCAACGCCGCCGGGCAGCAUCUUCCCCAGCCGCAACGCGCAGAGCAAGGCUCUGGGGCCAGGCUGGGGACGAAGAUGAGGAUUUUGGGGCAGGAAAUGGCGUUUGUUCAAAAAAACCAAAUCCCGCGCGGGUCGCAGGCACCACCCGCGCCCCUUACCGCGGAACGCGCGGCGCCACCCGGCAGCGGAAAACAGCGGGGGCCGGCCGGCGGCACUUCCGGGGCGGUGCCGGAAGCGGCGGUGGCUGUGGAGGGGCCGCCAUGGUGUGCGACAAGUGUGAGAAGAAACUUGGAACGGUGAUCACUCCUGAUACAUGGAAAGAUGGUGCAAGAAACACUACAGAAAGCGGUGGUCGCAAAUUAAAUGAAAACAAGGCAUUGACCUCAAAGAAGGCAAGGUUUGACCCUUAUGGAAAGAACAAAUUUGCAAUAUGUCGGAUUUGUAAGAGUUCUGUCCAUCAGCCAGGGUCCCACUAUUGUCAAGGAUGUGCCUAUAAAAAAGGUGAGUUUCACUUUGUGCCAAAAUGCCCCAGUUUGGUUUGGAACAAGAGAGGAGGUACAACACUUGAAUUUGUAUUUUUGAAGAGAGAGCUAAAAUGAGAUUUAAUUGCCAUCUUCAACUACUGAUAGGCAGGCAGAGGGGACAUGGAGUCAGUCUCUUAGGUACAUAGUAAUAGAAUAAGAAAUUGGAGUACACAGGUUACAAUGUGGAAGAUUCUAAUUACAUACAAGGAAAGCAAUUUUUCAGUCUGGGAGUGAUGAAAUAUUCUAGUAACGAGUACCAUCAGAGGUUGUGGAAUCUUUACAGGAGGUAUUCAGAGCAUGACUUGAACAGUCCUGAGUCAGCCUUAUCCAAGUUGGCUGUUUUGAGUGGGGCAGGACUAGAGACUGAAGGAGAUUCUUUUAAAUCUUUGUCAUUCUGUAUUUCUGCUGCUUUUAGAAUGUUUCCAGUAUCUGAAGCAGUACAUUUGUAAAAAUAACUCUAAGCUUAAUCUUGACAUAGAGAACUAUCAUCUAAUAUGUUUGAUUUUCCUUCAUUUAAAAAAACCCAGGUGUUGUAAAACUCAAUUGCUUGUUGCAGUCCCUUUAAUGGUCCCUUCUCCUCCCAUUUUUAUAAAUAGCUACAUCUAAAAUUCCUGGAUGGAAAAAAAACCAUCAUGAAGUCAGUUACAUGAUUUAAUGCCAAGGAAUUCUUAUAGCACAUUAAAUGAACUGAUUUUUAGAUGGAGAGCUGCAGCUAACCAGUAGUAAGCUUUGUUUAUGGAAUUAAUUGUUCAGUAAUACGUGCUGUGUCACCAAGUCAGUGGUGUAGGUAUGUUGCCUGCUAGGUCCUCCCCAGAUGGCUGCCUGAACCCCACAUGGUAGAACCUUGUACUCUUAAAUUUAUGUCUGGUUUGGGUUGGGCUUCAGCUUUGCAUGCUCUGAUGUUUCUCCUGCAUGGGCAGAGGCAGACCGUCCCAUAAAAGGUGUCUAUGGAGACAUGCACAUACUUCAAUCUGCUGAAUUCAGGAACAUGAGUAACAUCGGUCUGCCAUGCCUCACAGCUUUCCAGCCCUUGGGGAUUCACCCUGGAUCCCAAUGAUGGCAUGGCUGUUUUCUGACAAUUAGAACACACAGCCACAAUUGCCCGGGCCUGAUCCUGCCUCAGAUGGAAUUGGAGGAUCAGCCUGGGUACAUUCUGAUGGUAUUUUUGGUGGCUCAGCUUUGCCUGGUGGAAGAGAUCAGGAAGCUUUGCCAUCUCAGCGGGUACGACGAGGGAAUUCGCUCUUCAAUUUCCUUUGGCUAUUGGGCCAGGCAAACCAGUAUGUGAUCUCACAUACAUUAUGAAAAAGAGUUGCUCUCGGUGGGAGACAACAUAGAUUAAGUUUGAAAGCAACUCAAGGAGAUGCUGAUUUGAGACCUCCUUCAAUAAAGCAUUUUCUGCUCUAGCUACCACCCCUGCAACGUACGCCGAAUCCGUGACCAAAUUAAAUAAUUUGGGAAACCUCUCAAAGGCCCUAACAACAGCAGUCAACUCAGCUAUUUGAGGAGAACCCUCGACAUAUUCAACAUCUGUCUCCCACUCCUGAGUUUGAGGAUCUUUCUAAGUCAUCACUGACUUUUGGGAUCCUCCAGAUGCAUCUGUGAAAACAGGGCAUUGAGUGGUCUCCUGCUCCUUUUCUCUUUAGGAAUUAAACAGAAUUGGAAUUAAACAAUUUGUAAGCAGGGACGUGGACUGAAACCUCUCCCAUGUAACUGUGUA